UUUAAUUUGUUUCUUUUUCUUCUUUUAAAUCCUCCACUUUCCAUCUCCUACACCAAUCCCAACCCAACCCCUACAGAAAUGCCACCGGCACAACACGCAGUUCCCGGAGAUCAGAAACUCCGGCCAAAAUCAGCCCGCAAACCUCUCCAGCCGAAAAAUUCCUUCUCCAUCGAGACCCCAGACGCCAACACCAACGUAAAAUCGAAGCAAGAAUGGGCGGAGAUCUCUCUCGGCACAGAAUCCAACAAGGAGAACCAUCCGAUCUACGUCACACCUGCCAAGAUCCAACCAUUCGAUGCGUCGCUUGCGGAGGAGCUCAGUGCCAUCAGGAAGAAGCUCGAGCGGUUGAGAUUGGACAGAGAGAAAACAGAGAAGAUGCUGAAUGAGAGGACUACUGUUCUGGAUAUGCAAAUGGAGGAGCUGCUACACAGAGGGGAGAUCCAGAAGAUGCUCGAGAUUGAAGUUGAUAGGUUGUACAGAUUGAGGGAACUCAAGCUCUACUGUAUGAAAAUUUCCCCAAUUCGUUCUCUAAGAGAUAAGCAACGAGAGAAAAGGAAUUUCAUUGAUGAAACACGAUUGCAGGAAUCCAGAGCUGAGGAUCUAGAGGAAUCCGUAGGGGAAAACAUAUUGCAGAGCUCAGGUUCCAGUUCACCAGAAGUUAGUUCAAAAGAAGAUCUGGUUUGAAAAAGGAAAAUAAUAUUAUAAUACCUCAUUAUAGUUGAUGGGUUUGAGAAUUCAAAAGGGGUUUUUGAGUUGUUUUGGCUCCAGCAGUCGUCUUUUAUUGUAUCUGUGACCGAGAAAGCUUUUGUAAUUGCUUCUGAAAAUUAAUGGCUUAUAUACAAAGAAAGAUAGAUAGGCUGGGAU